CACAAUGGUUGAAUCUCAAUCAGAUUAUUAAUUAAAUCUCUUAAUUGACGAGAUUAACGACUUAACUUGAAAAUCUUUCUUCAAGGUCUCCUCUUUUGUUUGUAGCCCUCUCCCCAACCUCUUCACCUUCUCUCCUCUAUUUCCUUUCUCUCGCUCUCCCCAUCUCCCACAUACCGAAAGAAGAAAACCAAAUCAGGGAGAAAAAUUAAGGGUAACUGGGACUUGAUCAUUGAUUCAACGGCGAUAUGGGGAAGAACAAGAAGGCAGAGUACCCCAACGCCGACGACAAUAACGAUGACGAUAAGGGGAGUUACAAUUACAAGAUGUUCAGCGUCUUCAAUCGCAAGUUCAAAAUUACGGAGCCCGAGCCGCCGGCCGACGUCCAGAAUCUAUUCGCCGAGCAUUCGGAGGGCCGUCAUGAGAUGACCGCCGAUCAGUUCCGUAGCUUCCUUACCGAUCACCAGAGCGAGCACGAUUGCACGCUCGAGGAAGCCGAGAGGCUCGUCGCCGAAAUCCUUCAACGGCGGCACCAUUCGACGGGAUACGCCGAGAAUAUUGGCCUCAAACUCGACGACUUCUUCCAGUUCCUGCUCUCUGCCGACCUCAAUGGUCCCAUCAACAAACAGGUGCAUCAUGAUAUGUGUGCGCCAUUGUCACAUUAUUUCAUAUACACAGGCCAUAAUUCCUACCUAACUGGGAAUCAACUCAGCAGUGAUUGCAGCGAGGUCCCCAUUGUAAGAGCAUUACAGAGAGGGGUUCGAGUGAUUGAGCUAGACUUAUGGCCUAAUUCCUCCAAGGACGAGAUCCAUGUUCUUCACGGCAGGACCUUGACCACGCCUGUAUCACUCUUCAAAUGCUUGAAGUCGAUACGAGACUAUGCUUUCGUCAGCUCCCCCUAUCCGGUCAUAAUCACCUUGGAAGAUCAUCUCACAGCAGAGCUUCAAGAGAAAGUUGCAGAGAUGUUGGUUCAAAUAUUUGGGGAGAUCUUGUAUUACCCAGAGUCAGAUAGCUUGAUUCAGUUGCCUUCGCCGGAAGUACUGAAAUAUCGAGUCAUGAUCUCAACCAAACCGCCAAAGGAGUAUCUCGAAUCGAGCGGCAUCAAACAAAAGGGAACGCCACGAGAUAGUGGGACCGAGGAUGACAAUGAAGAUUAUUAUGAAGAUGCAAUUGAAACUUUUGAAAUAGAUGACUGGAGCAACAGUAGCGAUGAUGAAGAAGAAGAAGAUUGGAGUGAUUGCAGAUCAUCAGGGCAAUUAAAUCCUCCCGGGUACAAAGGGCUUAUAACCAUUCAUGCCGGAAAGCCUAAGGGAGCACUAAAAGACGCACUGCGCCCUGCUGCAGAUAAAGUCAGACGGCUUAGUAUGAGCGAGCAGGAGCUUGAGAAGGCCGCCAUUACAAAUGGAACUGAUGUAGUCAGAUUUACGCAAAAUAACAUAUUGAGAGUAUAUCCAAAGGGAACAAGAAUCACGUCCUCUAAUUACAAGCCGAUGGUGGGGUGGAUGCAUGGGGCACAAAUGAUUGCAUUCAAUAUGCAGGGAUAUGGGAAAUCACUUUGGUUGAUGCAUGGGAUGUUUAAGGCUAAUGGAGGAUGUGGGUACGUGAAAAAGCCUGAUUUUUUGAUGAAGAAAGGCAUCAAUGAUGAGGUCUUCGAUCCGAAGAAAAGAUUGUUAGUGCAGAAACGAUUGAAGGUCAAGGUGUAUUUGGGAGAUGGAUGGCGUCUCGACUUUAGCCACACACAUUUUGAUGCUUAUUCGCCACCAGACUUCUACAUCAAGAUUUACAUUGUUGGUGCAGCAGUCGAUUCGACGCAAAAGAAAACAAGGAUCAUCGAGGACAAUUGGUCUCCCAUAUGGAACGAAGAGUUUAUGUUCCCAUUGACGCUUCCAGAGCUAGCUCUGCUUCGAAUCGAGGUCCGAGAUCAUGACAAGUCUGAGAAAGAUGAUUUUGGUGGGCAGACAUGUUUGCCCGUCUCAGAGCUCAGACGAGGGAUACGAUCGAUUCAUCUUCACGACAAGAAAGGCGAGAAGCUGAAUAAUGUAAAGCUUUUGAUGGGAUUUGAGCUUUUGUAGAUUUUUAUGUAUGUAUGCAUAUAUGUAAAUUUAUGUGUAAAUCUUGGAGCAGAAUUAUACUAAUUAGUUAGGCAGCAAAAUUAAAGCAUUCAAAUCAAAAUUUGUGGUCUUAGAGGGUAGGUAUUACUUGUUAGAUUCAACUGCUGCACCAUUGAAAAUUUGAAAUCUCUGAAAAGGUUAGACGUAAUUCUCAAAGAAGAACUCGUUUAUUCCAUGGAUGAAAGUGUACAAGAACUUCAUAAUUGUAUAUACUCGUAUUUAGAUGAUCAAUUCCUGACAUUUAAACUUUGGUCAUCAUUUUGCUACCAAACCGAAGUUGAUUGAUAAUUUUGUCAAUUUUCUUUUUUUAUAUAAAUCGAUGGCAAUGGCAUGCUUUACCGACAUCAUUUAAACUCAAUUUGAUAGCCAAAAAGGAACAGGGAAAAGUGUGGGGACUGGAGUAGCAAAAUGCCGAAACCUAUGUAGGGUGAAAGACCAGCACAGUUAUGUUUUCUCAUGAUAAGUUAUUAUCCCUUUCUUUUAGUGCUCAGGGUCCACGGGGGUGUACAUGGGUCGGGUGGUCCGGGUUUAGGCAUUUUAAUCACGCGACCCAUGUACUAUGGUUUGGGAAAUAUUAAAACCAAAUACACCCAAAAAAAUCUAAACCCUACGGUUUGUUUCUAAUUGGGUUGGGUCGGUUUGGCGAUAUUUUUAAGUAAAAACCCAACCCAACACAAAAUAUGUAAUUAUUCUACAUUAUCAAAAUAUUUUAUAACAAAUUAAAAAUUCAAACGAAUAAACCGAGGUGAAAGGUAUCAAAAUUCACAAAUAUUAUUUGAAUUUUAAUAAAACUUGAUUUACUUCAACUUAUGUCUAGUUUUUUUCACGAUAUUUGUUGAAAUAGGCUAAAAAGGUUACAAAUGAACGCAUUCAUAAUAUGAUAUUCUUUUAAAAUUGUACACAAGAAAAAAAAAUUACGUGAAUCAUAGCUAUAUUAAAUAUAUGUCUAAACUUUAAGUCAAAUAAUGCAUUAGAUUAGUGAGACUUUAAGAGAAAAACAUGGCAAAAUAUCUUAAUUUUCUCAUAAGUGUGACUAUAUACGACAUAAAUAUUUUUUUGGAUACGAACUCAUACCAAUAAUUGGAACACGGGUUGGGUCGGGUUCUACGGGUUGUGUAAUCUAAAAUUCAAACCCAAACCAAAUGAGGCGGGUUGUACAAAAGAAAACCCUCACCCAACCCAAAACCUUCAAUUUAGCGACAAAUACCGGUGGGUUGGGUCAGGUUGGACGGGUGGGUCGGUUUGCGGGUGUGUUUGUUCAACCCUACAGCCAACAACAUAAUAGAUUUAGAUUAAUUAA